UCGAGGGCAAAAGCGCAUGGACUAUUUCUUCUGAUAUACCGAAGCUUUAGAGUUCAUACACAGCACAUAAAACUCGAUUACGUGAUGAAAAAGAUGCUUUGAUAAAGAAUUUUAAUAGCAACCAUGAUAUUUGUGUAAAUAGUGGUUUUUAUACGUCUUGGAAUUACAAAUUGUUGUUUUAAUUUUGUAAACAGGAGGAAACUAAUUGUACCGCGCAGUGAGAAUUUAAUUUUACACGCAUGCGUAUUGACGACAAAUCUGCAGAAAUGGCGACCCAAGCUAAAGUGCCGAAAGCAGAAGGAAAAAAUAACCAUGAUAAUGUCGAUGAACAAGCAGAUAAAGAACAGCAGGAAGCAAUUGAACAAAUAGAUGAAGUUCAGAAUGAAAUUGACAGAUUAAAUGAACAGGCGAGUGAAGAAAUAUUGAAAGUGGAACAGAAAUUCAAUAAAAGUCGGCAACCCUUUUUCCAGAAACGUUCGGAUUUAAUAGCCAAAAUCCCUAACUUUUGGUUCACUGCUUUUGUCAACCACCCUCAAAUAUCUGCCCUACUAACGGAAGAAGAUGAAGAAACAUUACAGUAUCUAACCAAGGUUGAAGUUCAAGAAUUUGAAGAUAUAAAAUCAGGAUAUAAAAUUAAUUUUAAUUUUGAUAGUAAUCCAUAUUUUGAAAAUGAAGUCAUAUCGAAGGAGUUUCAUUUGAAUGAUACUGGUGAACCAUCUUCCAAAUCUACAACAAUUAAAUGGAAACCUGGAAAAGAUUUGACGAUUACAUCAAGUACUCCCAGUAAAGGUGGAAGAAAGAGAAAUCAUGAUGAAGGGGAACAAGAAACAUUUUUUAACUGGUUUUGUGAUCAUGCAGAUGCUGGAGCCGAUGAAUUAGGAGAAGUUAUUAAAGACGAUAUUUGGCCAAAUCCAUUACAAUAUUACUUGGCAUCAGAAAUUGAUGAAGACACCGGUGGUGAUUUAGGAGAAGAAGACGAUUUAGAUGAAGAAGGAGUAGAUGACGAGGAAGGAGAUGAAGAUAUAGAUGGGGAAGAUGAGGAUCUGGGUGAAGAUGAUGAAGGCGGUGAUGAAGAUGAAGGAUAAAUAAUGAAUAAAUUAUCAUCCAUUAAUCAUAACUAUCAACCAAUCACCUUUCAUUUCAUUUUAACUAGGAUACGCCCACUUAUUUCAUACAUGCCUCAGUAUCAUGACUUUAACAGUAGCAAGGAAGAAUAGACAUUCCCACAUCUUGAAUGUUUAUAUCCUCAAAAUAAAAUAAAGUACAGACCUAUAUGUACAGGGUUAAACAAAAGAACCAACUACAUGUAUUUAAAGAUUCUGCAUAGCAGAGUAAGGCAAGUCUGACAGUCUAGAUCAAAGAAACAGCUAUUAUUGAGUGCUUAUGGAUGGCCCAACGAUGGAUAAUGAUAACCUUAUUUUAAGUUAAUAGGUCUAUGGAUUAGAGAAAUGCAAGUUUGGGGGACUUAACAAUGUAUUGACACUUGUACAUGUUCUAUUUAUUUCAACAUAUUAAUUGCACAAUUGACUUGGAUUUUUUAUGUUUGAAAUAAGAAUGAAAGAUCUUUAUUUUAAGACAUUGAAAACCUUUAUUGGUAUUAUAAUAUUACUGUUACUGAUUUCUUUUUGUGCUCAUAGCAUUAUAUAAAUUGUUUUAAGUAAUACCAAACUACGCAAGUGAACCGUUAAUAAAUUAUAAUUAAUGCUGUUUUUGAACAAAAUGUGCGCUAUACUGUUGUCAAAUGUUAAUGAUCUACACAAACGGAUUGUGACAAAUAUAUAAAUAUUUCAGAGAUUACUUAAAUAUUUAGAGAACAUUGGUUCAAUUUUGUCAGUAGGACGAUAAACCCCAUUUCACUUUCUUCAAUCCUGUAAAUUUUUAUCCAAUCAAACACUUUCAUUUAGUUUGUAUAUGUGUUGUGUUUUUUGUAAGAAUCUGUUGAAAAUCAGGGUGUAUGAAAUAAAGCAGAUCUCAGUUCCUGAUAACCAUUGCAACACUGGAUUGUUUUAAAAGUCAUAACUUAUAUUAGAAAUAAAAAGGUGAUGUCAUUUGUUUUUAUUAAAAAGUAAUAUCUUUUCUGUAGAUUGUAAUUUGUACAGGGAUAAAAAUUUAUUUAUAGUAUGCUCAACUGAUUUCAUCCAUAGGGUUGACAAUUCUCGAGGAGCCACAUUGGUCCAUUGCGAGAUAUAUAUUAUCUUGAUGGUUAUAUCUCACAAAGUAUGAAUCAAGAAAGUUUUAUAAUGAUGGAUGCACAGAUCUUUUCUUAUAUAUAUUGGGAUAAAAUUCAAGUGUUUUGAUAAUUUUAAACACCCACAUUGAUUAUAUAUUGUCUUCGCCCAUGUCCAUCCGUCAUCCACAAUUGCUUGUGGAAACUCUUUAUGUUAUCACCCCUUGAUGUGAAAUUCAUGCGGUGUUUAUGGUUACCAGAAGAAACCUGAUCAUUUUCAAAUAGCUAAAUUUAUUAUUGAUUACUGGUACAUAAGCUAAACAAUUACUGUUACUCUUAUCAAUGGUUGUGGCUUAGUCGUGGGGUUAUUCAUUCCUAUAAUGAUAAUUACCUCAUAGGUUGUUACUCUUAAUCAGUUUAUAGUGUCGUGUAAAGGCUACCAUUAAUUACAUCAGAAUAAAUAUGCAACAACUUUUAUGGAAGACUUGGCGACUGUGGACAUGUUUCAUUGCCUGGCAGGCUGUCUCUGAGAUGCUGUAAGCGAUCUAUCAAAAAUGAAACUGAACCUUAAAUUAAAAUUGUUCAGAACCAAGGAGUGAGAUCAAGAUGAGAAUUCUAUAUUUAUUGUGGGCGUAAAAUUUGUACCAAAAACUAUGAGGCAGGAUUCAUUAAAGUGUCAUUUUGUUACAAAUCAUAAAAAAAAAAUGCAAUAAAAAAAAUUGUGUAAUAUGUAAA